CCACAUGGGGCGCAGGGUCUAAUUUUAGCUCCAGCCACUAGGCCCACAGCCCAGAAGUGCCCGCCAGUGGGCACAGGGGCGGCCAGGGCUACUCAGGGGCCACUUGGGAAAGGGGAGGAUUGGGGAGGCCAGCCUUGCAUGCUGGCCAAGCCACCUCCUGUGAGAGCCCCCACGGGUCCCCCAUGGCCUGGCAGACUGCCCGCCUCUCCUUUGAGGCCAAGGUCAGGGGGUGCAGCCAGGAGGACAGAAGGACACGGCCUUGCAGUGCGGUCAGGGUUGCAUCAGCUGAGCAGUGCCCAGGGGCAGGGGGCCUGCUGAGAGGGCAAAGGCUGGCUUGGCUGUCCGAAGGCCAACGAAGCAGAUUCCUGACUGUAGGAAGGCAAGGCCAGAAAGCCGGGUCCUACCUGGGCUCCUUGUGCCUGGCUGGUGACCUGCUGUUUGACCUCACACAGGCAGCCUGCUCUCCACGGGCCUCAGUCUUCCCAUCUACAAUAAUGAAGACGCUGAACUAGAAGGCUGAUUCCAGCUCCACCCACAAGCCCCUGCUCCUGAUUUCCCCCAGCCCUGGCUGCGGGUGGCCACAUGCAGUCGUGGAGAGGCAAGUCCCUCUGGCUGGCACUCUCGGCCUCUUGGCUCCUCGUCCUCCUGAGAGUCUUCCCCCUUCUCCGCCUGGCAGUGCCUGCCAGACCUUGGGCAAGUGCCCCCCAAGGCUGGCCCCGCUGGCUGGAUACAGAGCUCCUGCCGAGUUUCUCCCAGCCUGGGGAACUCCCAGAAGAUGCCCCUCAACCUCCUCAAGCACCCCGUGGUGGCGGCUGCGACUGGGGGGCUUGCUUUGACGCCUCGAAGUGCAGGACUGGUGGUCUCAAGGUAUUCGUGCACCCGGUGGCUGGACUCAUCUCCGCCUCUCACCGCAAGAUCCUGGCUUCCAUUGAGAGCUCCCGCUACCACACGGCCAGCCCUGAGGAGGCCUGCCUCCUCCUCUUCCUCAGCCUGGAAGUCCCAGCUGGAGAGUGCAGCCCAGUGCCCCAGCAAUGGAAUGGGGGAAGGAACCAUCUGGUCCUCGAUCUCCACCCAGCCCCCUGCCCCCAGACCUUCCAGCUGGGACGGGCGAUGGUGGCCAAGGCCAGCCCCACAGUGGACACCUUCCGGCCUGGCUUUGACGUGGCCCUUCCGCUUCUCCCUGAAGCCCACCCAUUGCGAGGUGGGGCACCUGGCCGGCUGCGACAGCACAGCCCCCACCCCGGGGUGCCCCUGCUAGCCCUGGCAGAGGAGAGGGGCGGGUGGCGCACAGCAGGCACUGACCCCUCUACCUGUCCCUGGGAUGGGCGCUGUGAGCAGGACCGUGGACCCGAGCAGACCCACCCUGGGGGAACGCUACCCAAUGCCACCUUCUGCCUCAUCCCCGGCCACCGUCCUGAUGCCUUGCACUUCCUUCAAGCCCUGCAGGCUGGCUGCAUCCCUGUGCUUCUCAGCCCUCGGUGGGAGCUGCCCUUCUCCGAGGUCAUCGACUGGACCAAGGCGGCCAUUGUAGCUGAUGAGAGGCUCCCAUUUCAGGUCCUCGCUGCCCUCCAGGAGAUGCCCCUCACGCGGGUCCUUGCCCUGCGUCAGCAGACCCAGUUUCUAUGGGAUGCCUACUUCUCCUCAGUGGAGAAGGUCAUGCAUACCACUCUGGAGAUUAUUCAGGACCGGAUCUUUGGAGCAUCUGCUCACGCCUCGCUACUGUGGAACAGCCCCCCGGGUGCACUCCUGGCCUUGCCCACUUUUUCCACAAGCCCCUCGGACUUCCCCUUCUACCACCUACAACGGGGCUCGCGCCCUGUGGGCAGGUUCAGCGCCCUGAUCUGGGUGGGGGCCCCAGGUCAGCCCCCUCUGAAGCUCAUCCAGGCGGUGGCAGGCUCCCAGAACUGUGCCCAGAUCUUGGUUCUCUGGAGCAGUGAGAAACCACCCCCAUCCAGGUGGCCUGAGACAGCAGUGCCCUUGACAGUCAUGGAUGGGCAGAGGAAGGUCAGUGACCGCUUCUUCCCGCACAGAGCCAUCAGCACGGAUGCCAUCCUCAGUCUCGAUGCGCAUAGCAGUGUUACCACAAGUGAGGUGGACUUUGCUUUUCUGGUAUGGCAGAGCUUCCCCGAGCGGAUGGUGGGCUUUCUGACGUGGAACCACUUCUGGGAUGAGGCCCAGGGUGGCUGGGGCUACACUGCUGAGAGGGCCAACGAGUUCUCCAUGGUUCUCACGUCAGCUGCCUUCUACCACAGGUAUUACCACACCCUCUUCACCCACUCCCUGCCCAAGGCUCUGAGAACCCUGGCCGAUGAAACACCCACCUGUGUGGACAUCCUGAUGAACUUCCUGGUAGCAGCAGUCACCAAGCUGCCCCCUAUCAAGGUCCCCUAUGGGAAACAGCAUCUUGAGGCCACACCUCCACUGGUGCCUGGGGGUCCGGAGCCACAGCCGACAGCCCGAGACUGCAUCAACCAGAUGGCUGCGGGUUUCGGCUACAUGCCCCUGGUUUCCUCUCGCCUGCGUCUGGACCCAGUGCUUUUCAAGGACCCGGUGUCCGUGCUGCGCAAGAAGUAUCGCAGCCUGGAGAAGCCCUAGGAGCGAUCUUCGCCUUCUCCAUGGAUUUGACUGACCCCCAUCCCUGACCCGGAUCCUCUGAGCUUUCGCAGCCGGGUGUUUCCCACACUGUUCGCGCGGCUUUGCAAGGUACACGGUCAGGCCCCAGGACUAGCCUGGGAGCCCCGGCCUUGUCCUCUUCUCUCUGGCUUGGCAAGUGUUACACCAAUAUUUGACGAACAGAUAAAGAGACAUCAACUGCGUGCCCGGCCCUGUGCCGUAGUCGGGAGUAUGGACAGUGUGUUGAGUGAGACCA